ACGUCUGGUGUUGUCAUUUACGAACGACGCGCCAAUUUCGCGGCUGCUUGCGUCAACGCGCCCACAAGUUUAGUGUUCAGUUCUGCGCAUGCGUACUCAUGUCUAUUCCCUCCCGGACGCCGUACAAAGCGACUGCGAUCAACAAUGUCGUUGAUAAAGCUGGUGUCGCUGUGCGCCGCAGCCCCGGCGGUGACGUCUCUGCUGAGCUCAGCUGUUCUGGCGGAGGAGGAGAAGAAGAGGAGGAGGUCAACCAUCAGCAUCGACGAGCUCCCGUCUCUGUACACCAGUCCGGAGGCGGAGUCCCGGCGCGUGGAGCCCGAACGGUCGGCGAUGGAGCAGAACGUGGCGGCGGCCAGGAAGUGGGCGGAGCCGUACACGCGACAGUGUGAGGUCGCCGCUCACUUCCUGAAGGAGAAGCUGGAGCACGUGUACGGACGAGUGGAGCCCCCCGCCACCGUCGCCGUGGCAACAGCCACAGAUGUGUACAACUUCCUGAGUGAGCCGCCCCCUGACCUUUACCCCAGUGUGACCGUGGUGGGCUUCUCUGGGCUGCUGGGACUUUACCUGGCCAAAGGCUCCAGGGUGAAGAGGCUGCUGUUUCCUGUGAGUCUGAUGCUGCUCAGCGCCUCCGUCUUCUAUCCUCAACCAGCUGCUGCCGUGCUGAAGAGCGGCGCGGACGCCGUGGUGAGCCGGGCUCGGCAGGGUCGUGUCGCCGUGGAGACGCUGUGGAAGGAGUCUCCGGCGGCGAAGAAGAAGUCGGAGAAGGAGCGACCCGCCUGACCCGGGCCGACGCCCUGCCGUCGUGACUUCCUGCCACAAUUCCACAGCAACCCGCCUGCUCCUCCUGAGGACUUCCAAGAUGAGCCGCAAUAAAAUUGCACUUUGGGACCAAAGCAGAGUUCGUACCUGUGUGUGUACUCUGCCUCUCAGCCAGGCGGCUGGUUCCUCACUGGGGUAGAGAGCAGGUCACCGGCGACGCUUCUCCCCCACUGACCCCUGACCUACAUGUCGA